CGAAGCGCAUACCGACAAAAAAAAGUUCGAGUUAACCAAACAUGUCGGCCAGAUCCUUCAAGCAGCCUUCGCAAGAAGAGGUUGAGAAACGCAGACUUGUCGGCAUCAACCCCGAAACCGUCUCGAAUGUAGUUUCCACCGAUUUUCCUGGUCAUUACCCUGGCGAGGACCACUCUUGGAACCUCGAGUCCUUCAAACAGAAACUCCAAGUCAACUUCCACAAGAAUGACCAGUACGACUCGGUCUUCUCUCUCGUCGGCAUCGACGCCUCUGUCGCAAACGCAUACCGUCGUAUCAUGCUGUCCGAAAUCCCUACUGUAGCCAUCGAAGAUGUCUUCGUGUACGACAACACCUCCAUCAUCCAGGACGAGGUCCUCUGCCACCGUCUCGGUCUCAUUCCUUUCACUGGCUCUCGUGAAGGCCUUCGCUGGAUGCAAUGGUACAAGAAGGGCCCUCCCAAGGAUGACCCCGCUCAGCAGCACAUCUUCCAGCAGUCUGGUGAAGUCAUCGACCCUAAUGCCUCGGUCCCUCGCGACAACAACACCAUCGUCCUCGAGCUCAACGUCACUUGCGAAUGGCGUCCUGAAGGCAAGGAACUUGCAAAGCAGGGAGAGCGCGACCCCAACAAGCUAUACAUCAACAGCUCUGUCUACGCCCAUCAAUUCCAGUUCCACCCUCAAGGCAACCAAUCCGAAUACUUCAGCGGUGAGGGUGUCAUCCGCCCUGUGAACCCCGAUAUCCUGGUCGCAAAGCUGAGACCUGGCCAAACCAUCCAUCUGCAAUGUCACUGCAUCAAGGGUAUUGGAGCCGAUCACGCCAAGUUCUCUCCUGUCGCCACUGCCUCAUACCGUCUUCUGCCAUCCAUCAACAUCAAGGAGCCAAUUCUCGGUGCAGACGCAAAGAAGUUCGCCCGCUGCUUCCCUCGCGGAGUCAUCGCGCUGGAGGACGACCCGGCAUCAGGCGAAAAGAAGGCUGUCGUCGCAGACCCAAUGAAGGACACUGUCUCGCGAGAGUGUCUCAGACACGACGAGUUCAAGGACAAGGUGCAACUAGGCCGUAUCCGCGAUCACUUCAUCUUCAGCGUCGAGAGCACUGGCCAAAUCGACAGUGAUGAGGUCUUCCUGGAGUCUGUACGCGCACUCAAAGUCAAGUGCGAGCGCUUCAAGAGAAACUUGACUGAUUUGAUGAGGUAAUCUGGGUGCUGAACUUUUGCGGAAUGGGCGUUCAUGGGAAUGUAAAAAGAAUGGGUGGGGUGUCUAUUUUGACGGAUUUUGCGCGCAUAGCAUUGGCGUUUUCAUUCUGGGUGAUGUGAAUUCACUGGGCCAAAAUAUCCUUGAAGUUGGGUGGAAAGAUGUUCUAGAAUGAUGACUUUUCGAUCGAUUCAUUUCGUUACUCACUGAGUAUGGUGCCUUGUCUGUCUUUCGAAUAAUGCCAAUCUGGAC